AUGCUGCAGGAGGGCAAAGCAAGCUUACGUGACCACGACGAGCAGGCUACAGCGAGCGUGGAGAUGUGCAAGUUCUUGAUCGAGUCCGGAGCAGACGUGGAUGAGAUGGGCGAACACACGGGUACUGCCCUCUCGCGAAUAGCAGGGCUGGACCGACAUGAUACGACACUGGUACUACUGGAGAACAUGGCUGAUCCCACGUUAUCAUACCCGGGAUGGGAUAACCCAUUGUCCACAGCUUGUAACCUAGAUCUUCCAUCCGCAGAGCUCUUCCUCAAGCACGGAGGACAUUUCACGAUGCACGAUCUAGAGAGCUUCGACCUGAAUGGAAGAACGAGACUUCAUCAAGUUUGUAUGGCAGAAAGCAGAGCGACAAGCAAGAAAAAGGCAGUCGCUAUGCUGGCGGCGGCCGGCGCCAACCUCAACGCUCGCGUAGCAAAGUCAUGGUCUCCAGAUGAUCACCAGACGUUAGGGUUCACGUGCCUUCAUAGUCUGGUUUACAAAGCUCAUCAAAGCAGAGACCGGGAUGAGUUAGAAGCCCUCAUCUUCCUGAUCCAACAAGGAGCAGAUAUUCUUGCGCUUGAUCAUCAUCAGCAUAGCGUUUCAAUGCGUGCGUAUCUACCUAACGACGGCGAUAAUCAAUAUUCGUCCAAGGGGUCAUACAGAGGCGAUCUUUGGGAUGCUGCUCUCAGGAUAUGCGGCUAUGAUGUUAGCUCACAUCGAGAUGCAUAUCCUAGAGUGCCCAGGUAUAACAGAAACUACAGAAGGAAAGACUUUGAGAGAUUAUGGGAGGGGUAUGAAGCCCUCUGUCCGUAUUGGACAGAUGAGCGAUAUCCGGAAACAGGCGGCGAUGACGACUACUGGAAACAAGCUGUGACACGCUGCGAGCAUAUCGCAUGUUCAGAUUGCGAGGAGCUUCCGCCACAAACCGACGAGGUUGACGUGGAGCCAAUAAUAGACGCUCAUAUCCCAGGCUACGCCCAAGCUGUAUACCGCGAAUGGUACUUCGCUCGCAGUCCGGAGUCUAACCCUAGUCAUAUGCCUUAUAUAGAUCAUAUUUCGGACGAUUAUUACAGUGAUAAUGACGGAAGAGAGGAGAGCCCAUCGCCUGAUAUUUUUGAGGGAGAAGGCAGGGAAUCAAGUGUAGACGUGGGAACUGAUGGCGGUGUUCGGUUUUACGAUGAAAUGAAUAGCCCUUCACCACCGAGCAGUGAAGAUGGGGAAGCAGCUUAUGAGCGAUUGGUUGAGCCAUAUCAGGAUGGACAGGGCGGGGUUGAUGACUAUCCUCGUUUUGUCGAUAGAUGGCUUGAGCAUUAUAUUCGAGCGGCCGAAGAGGAAUAUGAAGGCGACGAUGAGGAGAUGAUGGAUUGA